AUGGGUGGAGCCGAAGAAGUCGAUCCUCUCGAGGCAUACAUGAUGGACGUCACGGCAGAGGCACGCAAGAUUAAUGAAGAAGACAAAAAGAGAUUGCAGGAGAUCGGAAAGUCUGAAAACAAACGGACUAAUGAAGAAGAUGAAGCUGAUUUCGAACCUUCUGCUGCGGCAGAAGAAGACAUGGGAAGUGAUCCAGAAGACAUUCUUGCAUUGGCUGCUAAAAAGGUCAAGCGGAAGGAUCUGGCUCCCGUAGACCAUUCACAGAUGGAAUACGAACCAUUCCGCAAAAACUUUUACAUUGAGCCCCCAGAGUUGAAAGAAAUGACAUCCGAUCAGGUCGACAUGCUUCGUAUCGAGCUUGACGGUAUCAAGAUCCGUGGUGUAAACUGUCCCAAACCUGUCCUGAAGUGGACCCACUGUGGAUUGCCGGCAGGUUGUCUAGAAGUCAUCAGAAAACUCAAAUUCGACAAGCCUACCUCAAUCCAGGCCCAAGCUGUACCGGCCAUUAUGAACGGUCGAGAUGUGAUUGGUGUAGCAAAGACUGGUUCUGGAAAGACAAUUGCCUUUUUGCUGCCCAUGUUCCGCCAUAUCAAGGAUCAGAGACCCCUUGAGAUCGGUGAAGGACCGAUCGCAAUCAUCAUGACGCCUACCCGUGAGCUGGCUACUCAGAUCCAUCGCGAGUGUAAGCCAUUCCUUAAAGUACUUGGCUUGCGUGCUGUUUGUGCAUAUGGCGGAAGUCCCAUCAAAGACCAGAUUGCAGAUCUCAAGCGAGGUUGCGAGAUCAUUGUCUGUACUCCUGGCCGAAUGAUUGAUUUGUUGUGUGCCAAUUCUGGCCGUGUCACCAAUCUUAGACGUGUCACCUACAUGGUUUUGGACGAAGCCGAUCGUAUGUUCGAUAUGGGAUUCGAGCCUCAGGUCAUGAAGAUUGUUAACAAUGUACGCCCUGGUCGUCAAACUGUCUUGUUUUCAGCUACCUUUCCACGACAGAUGGAAGCAUUGGCUAGAAAGGUAUUAAAGAAGCCACUCGAGAUUACUGUUGGUGGACGCAGUGUGGUGUGUGAUGAUGUAGAGCAGAUUGUGGAGGUACGCGAAGAUUCGACCAAAUUUAUUCGACUCCUAGAGAUCUUUGGACAAUUCUUCAAUACUGAAGAAACCGAAGAUUCACGAGCAUUGAUCUUUGUGGAUCGUCAAGAAGCAGCGGAUAAUCUCUUGAGAGAUUUGAUCCGACGAGGUUACCUUUGUCAGUCAUUACACGGAGGAAAGGACCAAGCAGAUCGUGACAGUACGAUUGCAGACUUCAAGUCUGGGGUUUGUAAUAUCUUGAUUGCUACAUCAGUAGCUGCCCGUGGAUUGGAUGUAAAGCAACUUAAACUGGUAGUAAAUUACGAGUGCCCGAAUCAUAUGGAGGAUUAUGUACAUCGUGUGGGAAGAACCGGUCGUGCGGGUAACAAGGGAACAGCCUACACAUUCAUUACCCCUGACCAGGAACGGUAUGCUGUCGACAUCCUCAAGGCGUUGCGACUCAGUGGACAAUCCAUUCCUCCAGAUGUUCAAAUGUUGGCUGAUCGAUUCCAAGAAAAGGUCCAUACUGGUAAAGAGCGUAUGGCAAGUUCUGGUUUUGGUGGCAAAGGUCUCGAGAGAUUUGACAAGGAUCGAGACAUGGUCAAGAAGAUUCAAAAGAAGGCAUAUGGUGGUGAUGACCUUGAAGAAUCUGAUGAAGAAGAUAUUGAGCUGGAAACAAGAGUUGUAUCGAAUGGUGGUAGCGGUAGUAAUAAUAUUGGUUUGGGUAAGAAGGACGACUCUGGACACAUGUCCAAUGUGCCCAACAUUCCUGGACAGGCUGCUGCUGCUGCUGCUGCUGCGGCUGCCAAUGCGGCUGAACAGGGCAAGGGUAGCAAUGAGCAAUUGAGUGCAGCAGCACUGGCAGCCAAACGGGCAGCAACUGAGGUUGCGGCACGUAUCAAUGCAAUGGUUGGGUCAAAGAGUAGAACUGCACAUGAUGUUGUUGCAGAUAUCAAUGCUCGAUUCAAUGUCAGUACAACUGGUGGAGGACCUCCCCAGGUUGAGGAGAAGAAGGAUGAAGGGAACCCGGUCUAUGCAGAAGAGAUUGUCAUUAAUGACUAUCCACAAAAGGCGCGCUGGAGAGUUACCAACAAGGAACAAAUUUCCCAGAUUACAGAAAUUUCGGGUGCAGCCAUCACCACCAGAGGAACCUUCUUCCCUCCUGGCAAGCAGCCAGGGCCCGGUGACCGUAAACUGUAUCUGUUUAUUGAGGGUGACUCUGAAACUGUUGUCGACAGAGCCAAGAAUGAAAUCAAGCGAAUUCUUAUUGAAGCUACUGUUGCCCAGAUGGAAGCUGAAGCAAGGACAGGAGGAGGAACAGCUGGCAGAUAUUCCGUUGUCUAA